UUUUUUGGAGUAUUCGAACGCAACCUUGGGCUAAAUGCACUAGGGUCUGAGGCGUACUUCCGGCUUCUACGUAAUACGGCUAGGCUGCUUCCGGUCUGCGUAGCUGAGCGGAAGAUCGUCCACAAAAGUUUUAGUCAGUUUAAAUCUAUGGAUUAAAUAUGAGUUUGCCACGGAAGAUUUUCAAAACGGAACAAUUGCAAAGACAAUUGAAGAACUACUCCGAGCACUGCUGUGUCCCACUUUGUACGGCGUCAGCUAAAUGCAACGGCGUCCUAAGUUUUCAUGGCUUUCCGACCGAACUCGAGCUGCGAAGACAGUGGCUGGUAAACAUACGACGCGAUAACUUCACAAUCUCCUCUCACUCCAAGGUCUGCAGUCGUCACUUCGCCACGGAUCAACUAAUAGAGCCAAAAACCCUUGAUGGCCGUAGGAGGCUUGUGAAAGGAGCUGUACCAACUCUGUUUGAGUGGAAUCACUUUACUGCUCAAACACCGCGGGCUAGUGUUUGGGAGAGAAGGGUCUCCGGGGCUGCAGGAACAUGCUACUCGUCCAACAUGGCAACCAGGUGGGGAAUCUGCAGCACGGGGAGGAUCAGUCAUGACUUCACUGUGGCUCUGAAGACCCCUCCUCAUGAAGACCACCAGGUUGUGGCUGUGGCAGCUCGUAAAUUAGAGGAUGCACAGGAGUUUGCCACAAAGCACAGCAUCUCCCGAGUUUACGGCAGCUAUGAGGAGCUGGCCAGAGAUCCAGAUAUAGAUGUUGUGUACAUUGGAGUGUACCACCCCUACCGUCUGAUGCUCUUCACAAAUGCCAAGAAGAACGUGCUGUGUGAGAAGCCGCUGGCCAUGAACACCAAGGAGGUGAAGGAGAUCCUGUCCUCUGCCAAGAGGAAUGAUGUCUUUCUCAUGGAUAUGCACUGUCCAUUCUGUGGGUCCAGCGUGACAUCUCCCUAUGGCAUUUGUGGUGUCUGUGGCAGAGACAUCGCAUUUCUAAAGGAUGUGGCUAACAAAGUCCCUGAGGAGAUGCCCACCACUAGUGCACAUCUAAGUGCACAGCCUAGCACCAGUGCAGCAGGAAGCUCAGCUGUAGGGUCCUUAUAUAAGGAAAAGAAACAGAAAAUAGUGAAGAUUUCUGUUGGAGUAAUGAGGAUGAUGGAUGGCUGCCUUAGACCUGUGAGAGGGAGGUUACUCCCCCUUGAUGUUGAACCGCAAUGGUCAUGUCAAGAACUGUUGGCUGCUGCUAUAAAAAAUCAGAAAGCUUUUAACCAGGUCGUGGAAGAUGGUGCCCAUGUUUUGUUGUACCCUGAUUCGAGGGAGGUUACAAAUAUCCCCGGAACGGACAUCCCUUUCACAGUGGAGAUGUACAAAAAGACCAGUGGAAAGCCAUACCAACGAAUUGCGUUGUACAUCUGUACUGUUGAAGACUUUGAAAACAGUUGUUACACUGGAACAACUUCAAGUGAAGACGACGGUGUGGUCCAUGUAAAUUUGCCGUUCCGAUAGAGCACUCCAAGAAUGGACAACAGUUUGCCAGG